AUGCUUGCUCUUUACGUUGUUUUCUUGGCGACUGCCUUGUUCAUAUCGUCCGCAUCUGCGGCACCCAAAGAUCGUCGCUGCACUGGAACCAUCUCUUCUCUGGACGACGUCUCCGCAGCAGUCAAAUGCACUACCGUCAACAUCAACUCGUUCACCGUUCCUGCGGGUGAAACAUUCAAUCUAGACCUUGCCUCCGGGAGCACUGUCAACCUGCUGGGCGAUAUUGUUUUCGGCAACGAGACCUGGGCGGGGCCAUUGUUUCAAAUUAGCGGAACAGGAAUUACCUUCAACGGGAAUGGACAUACGUUCAACGGCAACGGUCCAUUUUACUGGGACGGUCAAGGCGGCGGUGGGGUCACGAAGCCGGCACCGAUGAUGAAGUACAACGUCAAAGUGCUGAACUCGCCGAUGCGUGUGUACAGCGUGUCUAACCCGGCUGCUCUCGUCAUGUCAAAGCUGACUAUCGAUAACUCAUUGGGAGAUCAAGCGAACGCCAACAGCGAUGGCAAAGCUGCCGGUCACAAUACGGAUGGAUUCGACUGCUCGACGCAUGACUUGACAAUUGAGGACUCGACUAUCAUGAACCAGGACGAUUGCUUGGCGAUUAACAAGGGAUCGAAUAUUGUCUUCCAGAGGAACACAUGCAGUGGCGGGCAUGGUAUCAGCAUUGGUUCGAUCUCUAGCAAUGCGACUGUCAGCGGUAUUAUCAUCAAGGACAACACUAUCAAGAACAAUGAUCAGGCACUCCGUAUCAAGACGAAGUCGGAUGCUACCGACGCUUCUGUUACAAAUGUAACAUAUUCCGGGAAUACCGCCACUGGUUGCAAUAGAUUCGGCGUCAUCAUUGACCAGAGCUAUCCUUCGACGCUCGGCACCCCAGGAACGGGUGUUAUCAUUUCCGAUGUCAAUUUCAUCGGCGACACCAAUAACAUAGCCGUCGCCAGUGAUGCUGUGCGGGUGGCCGUUAACUGCGGUUCCGGAAGCUGUACCGGUACAUGGGACUGGUCGGCUUUGGAGGUUACCGGUGGUAAGGCCAGCGAGGUUACUGGGUUCAGUGGCAUCGAGAACUGGAGCGACUAG